AAAAAAAGAGAGAGAGAGAGAGAGAGAGAGAAAGACACAAUGUCAACGCCUACAAAGGCAAUCCCCCUCCAUCCCCGCCCGCACAACCCCUCUGGCCCCUUCCAAAACAGACCAUCACCACAAAGCCCUCUUCCGCCCCUCCUUCAAACCCCCUCCGGCCUCGCCCUUCUCGAGCUGCAAGGCACCAUCAACCUGCCCCCAUUACCGCCAGAGACUGCCCAGGACCCGGCCUCGGCGACGACGCCCGCCAUCCCCAUCGGCAGGCUUCACUUCCCCGACUACGACGGGAGCGCCGACAGCACGGCGUGGACCAAUAGGGUCUGGAUGUACGUCGGGGAGCACCAGCGGCUGCAGGGGCAGGUGAAGAAGCUGCCCAGGGCUGUGGCCGUCUUGAGGAAGCGGCGGGGAGGGAGGAGCGGGCUCGGAACGGGAGGGCCCGGCCCCGACGAGGGGGAGGGUGCAGGUCGUCGGGCGGAGACGGAGGCGGGGACGGAGGAGUUGGAAGUGGUGGAUAUCGUCAAGUGGAAGAUCGUGUUUUCUUCGAGGCCGGAGCCGGUGGGUAGCGGAGCCGCUUCCUGAAGCCCGGCGAAAGGGGUGGGGAGAGAGGAUGGGCAACCCCGUUCGGUGGCAGAUGGGCUGCGGUCGCGGGGUUACGCUCAGGGCAAGGCCAGGAGGGCGACUGGGCUGCGGCUCCUGGAGAGGGUUUGGAGGCCUGGGAAUAAUAGCCCCGGGGGGUGGGG